AUGCGCCUCACCCAGGACUUUGACCGGAAGGUGGAAGACAUGAAGCCCAGCAAGAGCGACAUCAACUGGGUCAUCAUGGACUAUCUCGUCUCCGAAGGCUACCCCGGCGCCGCCGAGAAGUUUGCGCAAGAGACCAACAUCUGCAACCCCACCGACAUGGGCGACAUCCGAGACCGCGUGCAGAUCCGCAAAGCUAUCCACGACGGCAAGGUCGACGAAGCUGUCGAGAUGAUCAACGAGCUGGAUCCUGAGAUCCUCGACACCGACCACCUCCUCCACUUCAACCUCCUCCAGCUCCAACUCAUCGAGAUCAUCCGCGGCAUCCUCGACAAACCGGGCACUAUCCAGUCCAGCGAGUUCCGCCCCGCCCUCCAAUUCGCCACCGAGCAGCUCGCCCCUCGAGCACCCACCGACCAGAAGUACCAACAAGCGCUGGAACGCACCAUGGCACUGAUGAUAUUCCCACCAGAGAAGAUGACACCAGAAUUCAAAGAGCUGCUGGACCUCAAGCUGCGCGAGACAGUAGCGAACAGCGUGAACAGGGCCAUACUGGAGAGUAGGGGCCAGAGGUCGGAGGCCAAGAUACGACAGCUCGUCCGCGCGAGGGCGUGGGCGGAGGACCAGGCUAAUGAAGCUAAGAUCGAGUUGCCUAACCAUAUUGCUGUCGGGCUGGAUGCCCCAAGGAGGUCGUCGAUGGCAGGAGUGGAGGCUACCGCAGUGCCAUGA